CUAUUUCUAAAAAUUGUUGUGUAAGAAUUAUAGUUCAUGUUACAAACGUAUGCGCAAUAUAUGUAUUUAUCUUUAAAAAAAAAACUAUUUUAUUAAUAUUAAAAAUAAUGUUGUUAAUAUUGAAUAAAUUACAGUUAGCUGGCUCACUUUUUCAAACUAAUUUAAUUAUAAAAGUUAUAUCAGUGAAAUUUAUCCAUUCUACAUUUGCAAAAUAUGACAAAAUAGAAGAUAUUGAAAAUAAUACAGAUUUACCAGUUCCUCCUUCAAAAGAUAGAAGUAAAAUAAUUCCUGUAGAUAUUAGUAUAAAAUAUCUUAAAAGUAGUGCUUAUAAACAAACUUACGGAGAAGAACCUAUUUGGAAAUAUUAUAGACGAAAUUUUAAAGGUCAUAUACCUCCAAAGAAAACACGAAAGACUUGUAUCAGAGAUGGUAUAGUUGCUACUGGUAAUCCAUGUCCAAUAUGCAGAGAUGAAUAUUUAAUUCUUGAUUAUCGUAAUAUUGAUUUAUUAAAACAAUUUAUUUCUAAGGAUAGUGGAGAAAUUUUAAAUUAUCAAUAUACUUGUCUUUGUCAAAAGGCUUAUAAAGAUCUACUUGUUGCAAUAAUGAAAUCAAGAGAAUAUGGUUUAUUUCCAUAUCAUGUUCCUUUUAGAUAUUAUAAUUAUUUAGAAUGGAAAUAUUAAUGCAUUAUUUUUAAUUUAUAUUUGAAAAUUUACAUUUAAGAAAUAAAUCAUAUAAAAUGGAUGAAGAAAAA